AUGUCUCUCCGAUCAGUUAUCUUGGCAACUGCCACUCUCUGCGCAUAUGUUGUCGACGCACACAUGAUUAUGGCGAAGCCCGUACCGUUCAGCGUCGACAAGAUCGAUAAUGGACCAAUCAACAAACUGCAAUACCCUUGCAAGAACACCCUUGGCUACACCGUCUCCACAAUGAACUCGAUGGCAGUCGGCGAGGAGCAGACCCUCAGCUUUAAGGGAAGUGCAGUUCACGGCGGUGGAUCCUGCCAGCUCUCUAUUACUACGGACACAGAACCGAGCGUCAGCUCCAAGUUCAAGGUUAUCAAGUCGAUCGAGGGUGGAUGCCCCGGUGUCGAGGGUCCUGUCGACUUCAAGUUCACCCUCCCCGACAGCAUCCCCAACGGCAAGGCCACCUUCGCAUGGACUUGGUUUGCGAAGCUUAGCGGUGGACCCGAGAUGUACAUGAACUGCGCUCCUAUCGAAGUUACUGGUGGUGCCAGCGACACUACCAAGUUCGAUGCUCUUCCCGACAUGCUCGUUGCUAACAUUGAAUCUACCACCUGCGAGAGCGUUACCAGCGAAGCUUUGAAGUUCCCGAACCCUGGUACAGUACUCGCGCAGGGCGACAAUGGCUCAGAUGUUAAGCCUCCGAAAGGAGAUUGUGGUACAACUGGCACAUCCCCAGAGCCUUCAUCUGGAGCCGGAACCCCCGCUUCUUCUUCUGCUGCUGCUGGUGGUCAAGCCUCUGCCGCUCCCUCUUCCGCUGGUGGCAACGAUGGCAUGUACACUCCUCCCGCUGGCGCUGCCACAUCUGCUGCUGCCACCUCUGCCGCUGCUACUGCUGCUCCGUCUGCCGCUGUCUCCGCCCCGGCUGCUGGCUCUGCUGCUCCCUCUGCUGCUCCCUCUGCUGCUCCCUCUGCUGCUACGUCCAAGGCUGCUGUUACUUCUGCAGCCGCUUCUGGCGGUGCCGGUGGUGUCUUCGCCCCCGGAGCCUCCAGCGCAGCCCCCGCCGCCUCCACUCAGACCACGCUCGUCACCGUCACUGGCACACCCGCUGCACCCGUCAAGUCGACCGCUGCUGCAUCCGCUCCCGCCGCCUCUGCUCCUGCUGCUGGCACCGGCACAACGCCCGCUACACCCACCACCGCCCCGGCAGCUGGCGGCGACGGCGCCUGCACCACGGAAGGCGCCAUUGUCUGCAACGGCACGACGCAGUUCGGCCUCUGCAACCAGGGCAAGGUCGUGUGGCAGGCGGUCGCAGCUGGCACGACGUGCUCCAACGGCACGAUCCAGAAGCGCGGCUACAACGGCCGCGUGGUGCGCCGCCACCGCGGUCUCAUCAGCCACAUGCACAAGCACUGA